ACAUUUAGUUGAGCAAAAAAACUAAAUAUAAGCUAACAACACCUGCUGAAGCUCAAUCAUCAAAAACUGAAUUUGACAAUUUACAUAUUAAUUCAAAUGUUUUCGAACAAUUAUUACCUGUUCUACUAAAAGAACCUCAACCAAUUGAAUUGAUAAAAACUGUCAAGAAAAUGCAACAACAUACAGAAAAACCUCUAAAAAACAAUGGUAGACCAUCAGCAAAAAAUAAUCGAAAAGCGUUUGAUAGUAAAACGGAAAUAAUAACUACCGAUGAUUUCGAUAAAAAACAUCAUCAUCAUCAUCAUCGUCAUCAUCACCGUCAUGGACAUAGUUCUCAUCAUCACCGUCAUGGACAUAGUUCUCAUCAUCACCGUCAUGGUUCUCAUCACCGGCAUGAUUCUCACCACCAGCACCACCAUCAUCAUCGUCCUCAUCAUCAUCAUCAUCGCCAUCGUCGUUAUUCAUAUUCUCCAUAUUCUGAAUAUUCAGAUUAUUCACAUGAUUUUCAUCGAGAUUAUCAUCAUAAUCAAUCAGUUAAAUUACCACGAAUUAUAACACCACGACCACUAAAAAUUAUAACACCUACACCAUCAAAAAUCAAUACAUCAAUCUAUCGUGAUAUUGGUAUUAAUACAGGAAAUGAAACAAAAAUAAUGCGAGAUUCAAGUGUAACAGUUGAUUUCGUUGAUGUACCAAAUAUUGCUGAUAAACGUCUUGAACAAAUUCCUGUUGUUCGUCGUACAAUUAUUGUUGAACCUUAUCCAGCACAACCAAGUUCACAAAUUAUUGUUAAACCACGUACAGAUAUGAUUGGAAAAGUACGUUUAGGAAAAAAUAUUAAACUUAAUGGUAAUGAUGAAACAAUUGUUUAUCCAUCAACGUCAUUUACAACAAAAAAAAUAAAGAAAAAGAAAACAAAUAUGAUUAAUAAUAAUAUUAUUGAUGAUUUACAUUUAGAUGAUAUUAGCGAUGAUGAUGAUGAUGAUGAUAAGAAGAAGAAUGGAAGUAGUAAAACAAAAAUAUUUAAAAACAUAACAAGACAAAAAAUAAAAAAUGCUUUUUAUAAUUAA